AUGUCUCUCCAGGAUUUUCACAACAUCACAGACCCCAGAGAACAGGAGAAGGAGUAUGUCCAUGAGGUUUAUGACGAGAUCGCUUCACACUUCUCCCAGACACGCUAUAAGCCUUGGCCGAUCGUGGACUCAUUUUUGAAAAGUCGGCCUGACCAUAGCAUAGGAUCCGAUGUCGGGUGUGGAAAUGGCAAAUAUAUCGGUUUAAAUCCGAAGCUGACGAUUUUCGGGUCUGAUUUCUCUGGGGAGUUGAUCCGGUUUGCUGAGCAAAGGUGUUUGGCUUCGGACGAUGUACUGGUGUCAGAUGGCUUGAAUCUGCCGCACGAAGACUCCAGAUUCGAUUUUGUGAUUUCAAUUGCGGUUGUACAUCACUUCUCAACCCCAGACAGGCGAGUGGAAGCAGUUCGUGAGCUAUUGCGUGUAUUACGAACCGGCGGUGAGGUAUUGAUAUAUUGUUGGGCUCUGGAACAGGCCAGUUCACGUAGAGGUUGGACUGAUGGCAUGGAGCAGGAUGUGCUAGUGCCGUGGGUUACGCGGGUUGAUGGCGAGGAGGUGACAAAACACAGAUACUAUCACUUGUAUCGGGAAGGCGAGUUAGUGAAGGAUGUUGGACUUGCUGGUGGGGAGGUGGUAGACCACGGGUACGAGAGAGAUAACUGGUGGGUGAUUGCGCAGAAGAAAUGA